AUGGCCGAAACGGCAACAAACCUCUCUGAAAAUGCUACCUCAGAACCUACACCUGUCGCAGGACAAAAAAUUAAUUCAUUUAAAGUCGGGUGGCUCUUUGUACAUGAAUAUUACACCAUCCUAAACAAAGAACCGUGGCGUCUGCAUUGCUUUUACGGACGCAAUUCCAUCCUCAUCCGAGGUAAUGAAGGUCAAAAAGUCAUGCCGAUUGUGGGCGAGCAGGAAAUACGAGAGAAAAUCAAGCAACUCAAUUUAGACAAUUGCCGUGUUCUUGUCACCAACGUGGACAGUCAAUCAUCUCUUAACGGCGGGAUAGUUGUUCAAGUUCUUGGUGAAAUGAGUAAUGGGAACGAAGAGACUUCUAGAAAGUUUGCUCAAACUUUCUUCCUUGCCGAGCAACCUAACGGAUAUUACGUAUUGAAUGAUAUUUUUCGAUUCCUGAAUGAUGAUGAUGAUGUAAUUUCUGAAUGUGAUGAGGUCGAUGAAGGAGCCAUCGAAGAGUCUGUAGGAAACGAAGGAGGCGAGGAGGAUAUAGGUUCAUCACCCACUGGCACCCUCGUUGAAGAGCCGAUUAAUGUCCCCACUAUAAUCGAAGGGGAAAAUGCCGUUGCACAUACGCGUGAACCUAGUGCGUCAGAUGUAACAAAUAGCACUCCAAAUACCAACGAAACCGAGUCUGUCCCCAGUGCACCUUUACCAUUAAUGUCGGCAUCUACCUCUGAAGGGCAACAAACUAAUUCAUCUCUGGUAGCGUCUAACGACGCGUUAAACGCAUCCUCCGAUAAAUCUCAGGCCACUCAAAUUGCAGUCGGUUCACCUUCAGUUCACGCGAACAAGAUUCCGGCUAUGAACGUGGCGGUUAAUAUUCAACCGGUUUAUCCGAAUAAAGCACCAGUUCCUAAUGCUACGAUCAUAAUGCCCUUUGCAAAUCAAGCAUCACCACCUUAUAUUAAUCAACAACCAGUUCCUACAAUGAUUAAUGGGCCAUAUCAAAAUAUGAAACAAUCUACCAAUGGUCAAAUUGGUAAUGCAUCUCCUACUUACGCUCAACGUUCGAAUACGCCCAGACCGCAAACAGUUGGAAGUGGCCCAGCAUAUGCUCAGGCAUCAAGUUCCAGAACACAAACGACUGGCAAUGGUCCAGCAUUUGCGCAACAAUUGCAAAUCCCUAAAGUUACGUCGCAAGCAGUUCCACAUACUGUAAACGGUUUGCAUACAUCAGCUCCUCGAUCGACCUCCCCGGUUUCUCAAAGAUCUGUUUCUCCAGUUGCGAAUGAUCAUAAAUCAUCCUCGAAUAUUGUCAACGGUGAGCCUGGAGUUGUCAAUCAAUCUCUUGAAAACGGGCAAUCUAUUGCUACCAAGCCGGCAGGCAAUGUUUCGGAUAAUCCUGAAGUUGCUUUUGUGAAACCGGCAUCAACUGUCGUAAAUGGUGAAAACCUUUCUAAAUCAACAUCUAAUGUCACUAACGGCGAAUCUACUUCUGUGAAAUCAGCAGUUAACGGUGAACUAGUUACGCACACAAAUGUUCAAAGCGGCCCUGACUCUAAAAAAAUUGCAGCUACAACUAACACCGCUAACGUAAAAGACGAGUCGGUAGUUAAUGUCGUUCAGGCUUCCGGCACAAAUCAACAAGCCGCACAACCAGCUCCAAAGCCACAAGGACCCCAAACUUGGGCAAGCACCCUCUUCAAAAGUAGUGGUAAUACGCAAACCGAGUCUAAGCCUCAAAGUGUUCCCGCAACACUUCCUACACAAAAGGUACAGCAAAAACCUGCGCCUCAAAGUUCGCAUCCAUCUCAACAAACUCGGGACAACAGAAACUUUCGCCAGGAAGGACUAAAAGGAAAUAAUCGCCGUAACAGUGAUACAAACUUUUCUAUCUAUGUUAAAGGGAUCUCUACAAAAGUGUCCUAUGAUCAAUUGAGAUCUUCGCUCAGUUCUUUUGGGCAGAUUAGACAUCUUGAUCUUAUUUACAAUAAGUCUUGUGCAUUCGUCGAAUUUAUUGAUGAAGAAUCGUACAGAGAAUGUCUUAAUCGUCAUACUCUUACUAUUGCUAAUCAAUGUUUAACCUUUGAAGAACGCCGCCCGUCUCGCAAUAAUCUUAACCGUGGUGGCAAUAAUAAACCGCCUCGCGGAAGAGGCUAUUAA